AUGGCAGAGGAGACCUUCCCGUUCACCUCCUCCACGCGGCGGGCUCUCCGGCUACAGCAGGAGUGGCUGGAGUGGGAGGACCGGCGGCGGGCCGCGGCCCAGCAGUGCCGUAGCCACAGGUGCCCCCCCAGUGCCCGGGCCCGCCUCACCAGGCCGCGCCACUGCUGCCAAGACCCAGCCGUGCACAACGCUCUGUUCUCCGGUGACCUGCGCCAGGUCCAAGCCCUGUUCCAAGAGGAAGACGCUGCCAACAUGAUUGUGGAGACUGUGAGCAACCAGCUGGCCUGGUCAGCUGAACAGGGGUUCUGGGUGCUGACCCCCAAGACGAAGCAGACGGUGCCCCUCACCAUCGCUGCUGCCCGAGGCUACACUGACUGCGCCCGCCACCUGAUCCGGCAGGGAGCUGAGCUGGAUGCCCGGGUUGGGGGCCGGGCAGCCUUGCAUGAGGCCUGUGCCCAGGCCGAGUCUGACUGUGUGCAGCUGCUGCUGACCUUUGGUGCCAAGGCCAACGUGUUGUCCGAGGAGGGCACGACCCCCUUACACCUCUGCACAGCCCCUGAGUCCUUGAAGUGCGCCAAGCUGCUGCUGGAGGCGGGAGCGACCGUGAACGUGGCGGCGCGGGACAGCGAGGUGACGCCCCUGCACGUGGCGGCGGCUCGUGGCCUGGAGGAGCACGUGGCGCUCUACCUGGAGCACGGAGCCCACGUGUACCUGCGCACCAGCCAGGGCGAGACGGCGCUGAACGCUGCGUGCGCGGCGGCCGAGGGCCCAGGCAGCGGCGGGCGGCACCAGGCGGCAGCGCGCCGGCUCCUAGCGGCCGGGGCUGAUGCCCGCGCUGCCGGCCGCAAGCGCCACACGCCGCUGCACAACGCCUGUGCCAACGGCUGCGGGGCCCUGGCCGAGCUGCUGCUGCGCCACGGCGCCUGCGCUGGAGUGCCCAACGCGGCGGGCCACACCCCCCUGGACUGCGCGCUGCUGGCCGUGCGGGAUGCCCCCGGCUGGGAGCCCGAGGGCCUCUUGGCAGCGCUGCUGGACUACGGGGCCCAGCCUGUGCGCCCUGAGAUGCUGAAACACUGUGCCAACUUCCCUCGGGCCCUGGAAGUCCUGCUUAACGCCUACCCUUGUGUCCCCUCCUGUGAUACCUGGGUGGAGGCAGUACUCCCAGAGCUGUGGCAGGAGCACGAAGCCUUCUACAUCUCAGCCCUGAGCAUGGUGAACCAGCCGAGGCGGCUGCAGCACCUGGCCCGGCUGGCUGUGCGUGCUCAACUGGGUAGCCGCUGCCGACAGGCCGCUGCUCACCUCCCGCUGCCCCCGGUCCUCAGGGACUACCUGCUGCUGUGUGUGGAGGGGCGGAUCCAGUGA